ACGUGUGCGCGAUGCACGACCCCACUCUCCUCUGCCGUUCCGUUCCAGCUUUGGAUUAAAGGGGCGAUUCGCGAACAAGCCAGCGGAAGGACCGUGCACGCAUCCGCGAACAGAGUGGCCUGAUUGGGUUCCAUGUUAUCAGCUCAAGUCGGUGGAUGAUGUGCCCUAGAGAUAGUCCAAAGCACGACGGAUAAUCCUUUCUGUGUAAGAUCGGCCGCCGGCACGUGAGGUAUGGUGGCAAAAUAUGUUCCUCAUCCGAUAACCCAUCACGUGGCCCAUUACCGUCUCUACUGCCUCAAGUUGAAUGACGCGCUUUAAUCUAUUUGAAAAGAUAAGUGCCCUCAUUCUCGCACCAACACCAGGACCAUGGGCAAACUUAGCGGGAAAAUCGCGAUUGUCACAGGCGGCGGAUCUGGCUUUGGCGCCGGUAUCGUCGCUAAGUUUGUCGCUGAUGGGGCCAAAGUGCUCGUGAUGGAUGUCAACGAAGGACUUGCUAAAGAAAUAAUCGCAACAUUGCCGCCUGGGUCCGCUGUUGCCAUCUAUGGAGAUGUGAGCAGUAAAGAUGACUGGAUUGCUGCACUGGACGCCGUCCUAGCAGCCUUCGGAAAACUCGACAUCGUUGUCAACAACGCAGGCGUGCUUCAUAAGGCGCAACCGUCAGCAGAGAUGGACGAAGAAGAGUACGAGCGCAUUAUGAGAAUCAACGUUAAGCAGCUAUUCUGGAGCACAACCAUCAUUAUACCAUACUUCACCGUAAACUGAAAGCCUGGUGCUUUUGUGAACGUCUCGAGUGUUAGCGGUACAAGGCCAAGACCCAAAUUGGUGUGGUAUGCGGGUUCGAAAGGAGCAGUAAAUGCGGUACGACCCUAAGUCCUUAAUAGUAUAUUAGAGUUAGUAGUAAUAGC